CUGAAAGACUGAAUUAUCGAUAGAAAUAGUUCCCAUAAUUCCAGUUAAAAAUCGAUAAUCUCUCUUGUUACAUCUUCCAAGGAGAUACCUUCCACUUUGUCCACUCUUGAUAUAAUCGUGAUAUCUACACCUCUCUAAUAAAUCUUAAUCUGACUUCAAAUAAGGCCACACAGGGGUUGAGCAGAAUGUGUGCGGUUGAGGAGCAAAAGUUCGUCGAAUUCAACGGAUGACGACCCAAGAGACACAUUCAAGGAUUUUUCUAUUAUUGGUGCCAUACCCCUCCCUUCUGCCAGUUAUUCCUAUCGUCACUUUCUACAAUACUAGGACUUCACUAGUCCCAUAUCGUGGAUUUUACACACUUCAAUAAAUUUUCGUCACCUCUUUCAUAGUUGCAUUCUCUUGCUGUUUCCUAGGCGGCAAAUAAUAUUCACCAUGAAUAACCAACGGAGAAUCAUGGGUUCGGCGAGGAAGGUAGUCAUCUUCUUGCUGUUACAGGCUCACUUGAUCAAUGGAUUUUCAUGGCGUAGUGUGCCGAAAGUGGAAUUAGACACUGGAAUGCUCACCGACUCAGCUACUGCUGGCGGCAGUCUAUCACAACUCCUAAGGUCCGGGUCGCGAUUACCCAGUUCCUAUGAGGUAACCCUAAAGGAACUGCGAGAACUAGAAUCGGAGCCCCUAUGUCAUAGGACAGCCGCACGCCUAUUGGUUAAUAAUUGCGAAGUUCUCGAGGGCAAGAAUGAGGCAUCAGUUCUGACUGAAAGUGGCCGUAAAAUUAGAGAUUUCGUUGACUCGUACGCUGCCAGUCUGGCAAUCUGCGACUUGGAGAGAGGGAGCUUCCAGAUCCCAAGAGAAUGCGCCAAUUUUCGAGAGUCCGUACUAAGUCAGCUACCAAUUCAAAGUUUAGGACACCUACACGUCUCUUCUGUAGAAGUUGACAGCUGCCUCUCUGGCUUAGGCGAAUCCGACUCGGCCUAGAACACGUGGGUUAGUUAUCGCCAUAAAGCUUUGAGGUUUUGUGAAGCCGCUAGAGUAGACAACGAGAAAGACCAGCAUAUUCUUCUCUUUCAGCGUCUAACAAAGAUCAUGGGGCGAUUUACAGACGACAUCGACAAACAGUUUGAACAGCGUAUGAACGAUCUAGACAUUCGGGCACAGGCUGCAGGCGGCAGAAUUGAUGAGCUUUCGCCAAAAGUAGACCAUUUAAAAGACAGUCUAA